GAAAGGAGGAGUUGUAAACUUUUUUAGAUUUCCAUUAUUUAGGCUAUUUUAUUCUCAUUUUAGAAUUCAGAAGUUCUAAAGGGGUGCCUUAAAAUAUAAAAUAAUACUAUUGUUUAUACAUGCAUAAGUGACAAAUGCAGUCAAUGUUUGAUCCAUGUUGUUGAUUGGAGAAUCGGUUGCUUCGGUCACUGAAUUUAUUGAAUGUUAUAAAACGGGAGUAUCUUCAGGGCUUUGGUUAUGCGAUGGAAAUUGAAUCGAUCAAUUAUUAAUUUGAAUCCUUCACGAAAUUACACACCUUUGUGUUAGGCUUGUCAAGCCAGAUUUAAAAGCUGCCGUAAGGCUGGUGAGUUAUUUUAGCGUCAACUAUAAACCCGAGAAUAUGGAGUGUCUGGUGAGGGAAAAUAUGCCCUGCCACCCCCAACAGCAUCACAGCCGAAGACAGGUGAAAGAGAAGAGAUUGUUUUGAAUUGUAGCUCACCGCAGACUCUAUUGACAUCUGUGUACGUACAUACUGCAGAGCAUUAGUCAUCUCUCAUUGUGUGGCAGAGCUGCCUUCCACCUGCCCGUGACAAUAACUGCUUAAAGGAGCCCAGCUCUGAUCGGAUCUUUCAGCAACUGAAUACAAGUAACAAAGAUUCCUCUCUCAAUAAUUUCGCCAUUGUCGAACCAAAAAGGACUGACUAAAGAGAACAGGAAAAUCUAAUACAGGAAAAUGAGAAUUCUCUUAGUCUUCGCAUGUGCCUCUGUCCUGGUUCCCAUCAGCAAGACUCAGGAGACAAGUCUCAAUGUCACAAAGCUGACCACCAAGAACAUAGACUUUGCCAUGGAUCUGUACCGCAAGAUCUCCAGCUACCACGACAGUAACAUCUUCUUCUCACCCCUCUGUGUAUCAACUGCCUUUGCCAUCCUGUCCAUGGGUGCUGAGGGACCCACGCGCACAGAGAUCUUGAAGGGCCUCAAUUUGGAUCAGCUGGAGCAAGAUGAUCAUCCAGAGCUAAUCCCAGAACUCUUUCAGCAGCUGCAGAAGAACACCACCCACGAUGAGGAGGUGCAGCUAGCCCAGGGCACAGCCCUCUUUGUCCGUCUAGACCUUGAGGUGGAGAGGGCUUUUAGCGACCAGAUCAAGAAGUACUUCAAGGCGGACAUUCAAAACAUAGACUUUGCCGAGCCAAAGGCCAGCAAGACCACCAUCAACGACUAUGUGAAGAAGAGGACAGGACACCGGAUCAGUGAAGCCGUCAGCGACAUCGACCCCUUCACUCAGCUGAUGCUCAUCAACACCAUCUUCUUUCAAGGAAAAUGGGAGCUCCCAUUUGACCCCAGUCACACAGAGAAUGACCGCUUCUACGUGGACAAGUACAACAUCGUCCAGGUGCCUAUGAUGUUCCGGGACGAUAAGUUCUACUACUGCAGUGACGAGUCUUUGAAAGUGAAGGUGCUCAGGCUCCCAUACAAGGGGGACAUGGCCAUGCUGAUCCUCCUGCCGAACAAAGGUGUGGACUACACCUCCAUCGAUGACGAGAUCAAUGCGGAGCGCCUCCUUGGCUGGAUCAAGCAGAUGCAAAUCAUAAAACUAGAAGUGCAGUUGCCCAAGUUUAAGAUGGAACAGUCCUAUGAAAUGCACAAGAUCCUUCCCCACCUGGGAAUUUCCAGCAUCUUCGAAAAUAGAGCGAACUUCUCUCGGCUGAGCAAAGAACAGGAACUGAAGGUGUCUGAGGUGCUGCACAAGGCCGUGAUCGAGGUGGAUGAGAGGGGCACCACGGCAGCUGCUGCCACGGUCACCGGCAUCACCGGGUACUCCUUGCCCUCCACAUUCAUCGUCAACCGACCCUUCUUCUUCUUCAUCUACCACGAGGUCACCAACAGCCUCCUGUUCAUGGGAAGGGUGAUCAACCCCACCAAGAUGUAGCGGCACACUACAACUCCACAUGGGAAAAUCCCAUUCGUCUGUUGCUCCACCAGAAAACAUGGAACGACUAUUGGACUAAAGGCCAUUUGCUAGUCUUAUGUACAGGAAGAACAAUUUUCAAGGAAUAAAUACAGUAAGUAAAUUCAAAA